AUGUCGUGGCAGGCUUAUAUCGACCAAAGUCUUUGUGGAAGUGGACAUGUCGAGAAGGGAGCCAUCUACAAUUUGGAGGGAACCUCUUGCUGGGCCACCAGCCCCGACUUCGCGAUUACCCCCGAAGAAAUGGCCGAGGUCGUCAAGGGACUGAAUGGAAAUCAUGAUGGUUUAUACGCAAAUGGAUUACAUCUUGCUGGCGAAAGAUAUGUUCUUACCAAGGUGGAGGAUGAGAAUAAGAUACUCUAUGCUCGAAAGGGCAGAGAUGGACUCGUUAUCGGCAAAACCGUCCAAGCAAUCGUCGUAGCCCGUUACGUCGAUCCAAUGAUCGCCGGAAAUACCUCAGAUACUGUUCAAAAAUUGGUCGAUUAUCUCGUGAAAGUUGGCUACUAA